AUGGCAAUUGACACAAUAAUAUUUCCUCUCAAUACGUCUGGGAGCCAUUGGACACUUUUGGUAAUCGACAAACAAAAAGAGAUGGUAUACUACCUUGAUCCUAUGGAAGGUCAUGUAGAAGAAGUUAUCAGCGAAGCAACAAGAGUUGAACUUUCACAGUUUAUCAAAAGUAUUUGGAGAAAUAGUUUGGUAUGCAAGAUUUGCAAGAUAGAUGAUGGUGAAGACUGGUUGGGAUGUGAUUCAUGUGGGCAGUACUUUCAUGCAAGUUGUCUGAAUGUUGACUUAGGACAAACUCUGACAGAGUACUUUGCUUGCCCAUAAUCAGACAUGACAAUUGUAUAAUAAUACAAAACAUAAAUUGUAAGAUUUAAAAGUGCCGAAUAAAAAAGACUUACCGAUUAGAA